GUAGACAAUGGCCAAGGAGCGCAGCAGUAGCGUACGACGCAAUAUUGACACUUCACUUUCGAAUUCUUUCUCAUCUUCAGCUGCUUCCUCGUUAUCGUCGUCAAAUUACGGUGUGAAAACGAUACGAGUUUUCAAAAACGGUGAUCCAUACCAUCAAGGAAUUAAAUUUGUAUUGAAUCGACGAUAUGUCCAUGAUCUCGACAAAUUGCAAGAAUUAUUGAGCGAAAAACUCGAUCUGGUACACGGAGUGAAACGGCUCUAUACUACAAAUGGAAAACUUGUUAGGCAGUUUCAAGAUAUAGAGGACAAACAGGACUACGUGGCGGCAACCAAUCACUUUAUACCCCACCCUUACGGAAAAAGUACAAACCCUGUAGGUCACCCAUUUCGAGGAGUUUCACCCGUGAACAUGCCACAUACUCGUAUGUCACGAAGUCAAACGCGUAGCAGUGAAAGACCGAGUGCCAAGCAGAGAUCACAGAGUAGUGCGCCAGCAUCUGCUGCUUCACGAGGAAUAAACGGCAAAAAAGCAGGUACUCCGGAAACAAAGAAAAAGAAGAAGAAGGCUGGGAAAAAGAAAAAGAAGCCAGAAGAGGAAGCGCCUGCACCCGAAGCGGAAGCAGUGCUCGAAGCAGCGCCAGUCGAAGAAGCCGAGCCUGAACCUGAGGCGCCAGAAGAGGCGAUAGAAGAGGCGCCUGCAGAGGCGGAGAGUCCCAAAGAAGAAGCUCCUGAAUCACCAAAAAGCCCCCAACCGGAAAACGGCAACGAUGAAGCGGGUAGUGAACACGAAAGCAAUCGUACACCAACACCAACGGGAAGCGAACCUGGAACUGAAGAAGAAAAAGAAGCAUCUGGAGGAAAUGCGACAGAGAACGAGGAAGAACCAAAAUCACCGACAAAAGAGAACGGCGAUGAAAAGGAAGCAGAAGAAAAAGGAGCAGAAUCGGAGAAGGAGAGUAAAGAGGAUUGA